CUUCUUUCUGAGCAAAGCUCAUUUUUUCCUAAAAUUUUUCUCUUUUCGCUCGUCCCAAAGGUCCUUGUUCUCUAGCUGAAUAACGUCAGCUUUUUCUUUCGAAAAUCCACAGUUUUGCGGACGAUCGGAAUUUCUGGUCUGAAAAAUCAAGACCUGCUCCAAAUGGGCGCUUCUGGGAAAUGGGUAAAAGCAUUGAUAGGUCUAAAGAAACCAGAUAAAGACGCUAAUGAGAAGGUGGAUGGUAAGAGCAAGAAAUGGAGGCUAUGGAGGAGCUCAUCAGGGGUUCUGGGUGGUUCCAAAUGGAAGGGUUUAAAAGGGAACCUUAGAGGCACUGCUUCAUCAGAGGGGUCUGAUUCUCCAUCAGUGACUAGGGAUGCUUUCACAGCUGCUGUGGCUACUGUUGUUAGAGCUCCGCCCAAAGAUUUCAGGGUUGUGAGGCAAGAAUGGGCUACCAUCAGGAUCCAGACUGCAUUUCGUGGCUUCUUGGCAAGAAGGGCUCUAAGGGCCUUGAAAGGGUUGGUGAGACUUCAAGCUUUAGUUCGAGGUCGACAGGUGAGGAAGCAGGCUGCUGUGACUCUGAGGUGCAUGCAGGCUCUUGUUCGAGUACAAGCCCGGGUAAGAGCUCGACGUGUACGUAUGUCCAUAGAGGGGCAGGCUGUGCAGAAGAUGCUUGAAGAACACCGCAGCAAGGCUGAUCGCUUGAAACAAGCUGAGGAAGGAUGGUGUGAUAGUAGAGGAACACUAGAAGAGGUUAAAACCAAGAUACAAAUGAGGCAAGAGGGAGCCUUCAAGAGAGAAAGAGCACUUGCAUAUUCCCUUGCUCAAAAGCAAUUGAGAUCAAACCCGAGUUUUGACUCCCGAACGAGUGUCUCCUUGUUCUCUCUUAAAAAUCAUGAGUUCGACAAGGGUAGUUGGGGUUGGAGUUGGUUAGAACGUUGGAUGGCAGCAAGACCAUGGGAAAAUAGACUAAUGGAACAGGUCAAAAAUGAUCAUUUGGAAAAAACUCCACCUUCUAAAACCUGUGCUGAUUCUCUGAAGGGUGACCAUUCAAAAUCCUCUGAAUCAAGCUUCGUGAAAACCAGAAGAAACAAUAUCACCACCAGGGUUUCAGUAAAACCUCCUCUAAUGGGGCAAGGAACUCGCUCAUCUUCAAGCCCAAGUUCUGAAUUUCGGUAUGAUGAGAGCACGGCUUCAUCUUCAAUAUGCACAUCUACAACUCCAAUUUCUGGAAACACAUUAUUGGUUUCUGAUAGAACUGAGGAGAGCAAUAACAGUAAGCCGAGCUAUAUGAACCUGACUGAAUCAAUCAAGGCCAAGCAGAGAAAUUUAUCUCCCAGAAUUCAGAGCCAAUCCAUGGAUGAGUUUCAGUUUCUUAAAAAGUCAGGGGCAUAUUCCAGUGGGGAUUCAAAAAAUAGUACUGUUUCUGAUGCUUCUUCAUUCAAUAUAUCUAAGCCGCUUUGCCUCCCCACACGAAUGGAUAAACACUCGAAGAUGCUAGGUGAUAUCGAUUGCUUCUAUGGUUAAAGAGGAAAAGACUCGUCUUCAUCCUGAAGAUCAACACCUUGUUGUCUAUGAAAGAAAUGUAUGUUGAAACAUCAAGACCUGUGGUACUGGAACACCAAGACCUUGUUGAGUUGAUCAUAUUUGAUUCGAGGGUUCUCCAUUUUGUGAAAUAGUAAGUUAUGGUUCUGGA